UUUUAUCACCGUACCGUCACUCUGCAGCUGACUGGCUUCCUGCGAAGAUCCUCGUCUGUUUGGUUGCUGGGUUAAAAAUACAAAAUACAAAAUAGAAAUCCAAAGAAACACAAAAACCAAACAGACAAAAUGAUGAGUCUGGAUCCGCUGAAGUCCGUCAUCUCCAUCAUGAACGUGGACGACACGUCGCUGGCGCUGCCGUCCGUCAACCAGUACCGGUCGGGCCAGCAGCGCGUCAUGGAGCAAGUACAGAAAACCAUCAGGAGGACCAAGUCCAGGAGCAGCAGCACCUUAUCUCCAACAAGCCCAGUUUACGACUAUGACUCCGUGUUCAUCGAUGCCCCUAAGUCGCAUUCAAGCGCAGCCAAUGGAAGCGUCUUCUCUGGAAACGGAUAUUCUGGAGCUCUCAGCGUAGAGAAAAACAUGAACCGGCACUCAUACAGCAACAUUAAGGGAUCCACUCUGAAGACAAACACAGCGGCCUCUACCUAUCAGUACCAUAAGGGUUACGCCCCUCUCGGCACCAUGGCGUUCCCCCAGACCAACACCAGCCGCAGCGAGCCCGAACUGGCGUGGCAGCCAAAACGCGCCGCUCCUCCGCGGAGGCUCUUCUCCAACAUGAGCAUCUACAGGGCGGAAAGGCCCACCAGUCAGUACAUGGUGAGCACCAAGUCCCAGCCUCAGCUCAACACCAUGAACGGCUUCGGUCGGACCAAAUCAACCAAGCAGUUCGUGUACAGCAAAAGUAUGAACGGCUUGGGUCAGAAGAAAUCAAGCAAUCAGUUCGUGCAGGGCAGCACUGUUCGCGGCUCGGGUCAGAACAAAUCGAGCAGCCAGUUCUUGUACAGCACCGUCGACGAGCCCAAGACGGCAACACAGCCUCGCGUCUUCCAGAGCGCCGUGAAGAGCAAAGAUUUUGGGUCAAAUGGCAACGUCGCAGCGACUGAAAUCACCAUGAAGGAGGCCGUGGAGCUUCUUUCCAGCUCGGACGAGACGUAUCAGCACUGUGGCGCAACAUACAUACAGCACAACACUUACAUCGACGACAAGGCCAAAGAGGAGGUGCAGAAGCUGAAUGGGAUCCUCCCCUUGGUGAGUCUGCUGCGCAGCUCGAGCACCCAGGUCAACCAGGCAGCCUCGGCCGCCCUCCGGAACCUGUCCUUUAAAAGCGAGAAGAACAAGGAGGAGAUCCAUCGCUGCGGCGGCAUCGAGGAGGCCGUGAAUCUGCUCCGCGAUACGGACUCCGCCGAGGCACAGAAACAGCUGACGGGUCUGCUGUGGAAUUUGUCCUCUGCUGACAGCCUGAAGCCGGACCUGCUGAAGAUCGCCCUGCCCGUCUUGAUGGAGCGCGUGGUCCUGCCUCACACAACAGGUUCGGACCGGAUCAGCGACCCCGAGUCCUUUUUUCACACCACGGGAUGUCUCAGAAACCUCAGCAGCACGAAGCAAAGCAACAGGCAGGCGAUGAGAAAAUGUCGAGGUUUGAUCGACUCUCUGGUGAAAUACAUCCAGGACUGUGUGGACGCAGAGAAACCAGAUGACAAGUCCGUAGAAAACUGCCUGUGCAUCCUCCACAACCUGACGUUCCAGCUGGAGGCCGAAGCUCCGGCUCUGUUCAGCAGGAUCACGGCUUUGGCCAAGCCCGUCAACAGAAGCAGCAACCUGGAUGAGGCCGGCCCCAUCGGCUGCUUCAGCCAGCAGAGCAAGUCGCUGGAGCGUGAGCGCCACUUUGACUACCCCGUUGUUGAGGAUCCACACCCUAACGGAGCAGGUUGGCUGAUUCACUCCAAAACUCUGCAGAGUUACCUGACGUUGCUUGGCUCCAGCCAGCAAGAAGAAACACAGGAAACCUGUUUGGGAACGCUGCAGAAUCUCACCGCAAAUGAAGGCAUUGUCUCGGAUGUAAUGAGCCAGAUCAUUGUGCAGAAACUGAAUGGCCUUAAAGUUAUUACUCCCCUUAUCCAGUCAAACAAAGUCAACGUGCAGAGGUGCGCCGUGGCUUUGGUUGGAAACCUGACCAAAAACCCGAACCUGCAGAAUAACUUAGCUCGUAAAGCCCUCCCGGGGCUGCUGGGCACCCUGAGCGCAGGCACCAAGACAGGGAACGAGUCCGAUGACACGCUGGCCAUGGCCUGCCAGACGGCCAACUGCCUGCUGAUGAAGGAGCCUGAGAUGAGCAAGCCCCUGUUGAACAACAGCCUGAUAAACUCACUGAAAGAUAUCAGCCAAAAUGGAUACUUGCCCAAAUCGAAAAAAGCUGCAGCCCUGCUCCUCUACAACCUGUGGUCAGAUAAAGACUUACAAAGCUUCCUGAAAAGGCAAGGGAUGUCCAAGUCCUCAUUCGUGAAUGACGUCACCUCGGCGGUGCACAAGUCGUUUCAAAUUAUUGACUAGCACGACAGCCUGAACGGUGUUCCCUGAAGUAACCCACAAGUCCUCUGCACAUCCGCCGGAUGAAAAACACUAUGAGGCCAUCCUCCCUCAUUUCACAGAGACUAAGAUAUGUUUUGUCACACAUGUAUCCGUAUUUGUUUGUUUACAUGCUGUAGCCCUGUAUAUGCUGUAAGGUUACUUUUUCUUUGCAGGGAAAAAGGUGAAGGUUACAAUUCAGCAACCCGUUUUUAUUUGCUUAUUCUAGUUUUAAGAGCUGUGUUUAAGAGGUCCAGUGUGCAGGAUUUAGUGGCAUCUAGCGCUGAGGUUGCAGAUGGCAACCAACUGAAUACCCCUCGUCUCACUCUCCUCCACGGUGGUUGCUACCCACUGAGCGAAAACAUGUCAAAAAGAUGUCCAUUCAGCGUUAAAAAGACAUCCACUGGCAAGCCGGGGUGAAAGUUUUUUAGACGUCUUUUCAACGUUUUACAAAAAAUAAAGUUGAUGCAGUGUAAUUUUAGACAUCUUUUUAACUUCAGUUAUAGACGUCUAAAGAACUUGUUUUAGUUCAAAAUUAAAAGAUUUAAUGACGGCCAGCCUUCAGUGAGGACUAAUGCUACUCCAUAAAGGUUGUAGUUGAAAAAAAUUUACAUUGUACAAACUUUAAUUUUGAAACCUGUAAGGGUGUCGCUGAAUGUUGGCGAAGACUCUGACCUUUGAGACAUAUUCUUGCUCCGUGUGUGAGAGUGCAAGGUGUUGCAUUUGUCCGUUUUAGGCCAAUGGCGGACCCCGUCACUACCCGGUCUGAGUAGCACAUGCUCAAGUGUGUCUGCCCUCUUGGACCGUGAAGUACAGCAGCACCACUUGGACAGACCACACACAUAACUGCGUUAAAUGUGUUUCUGUAUGUGGUUUGUUUGUAAGUGGUGUUUGCAUACCGAGCUCUCCAAGAAGGCGCAUGCAUGUCUCUGAUGCUUCUCAUGGAGCUGAAGGCCUGUCCGGUGCUCUCAGAGCAGGGCACUCGAGCAUCAAGAGAGACUUCUGGAACAGAGUCCAAAGUAUACUGGAGCACUCGGAUCAAGAAACAUUAGUUUUCAUGUAAUGACUAACAUUUGGUCACCAUGUCUGUCUUCAUCAGAGUUAAACAACACAAAGACUCACAGCCUCUCAAAGCGGCUUUGAGAUGGAGGCUAGGUCCUGAUCAUGGGAGGUUAUUUAGAGAGAUGUCAGUCUCUGUGUUGUUUGAUGAAUACGUGCAUGGUGUAUAAACAUUAGUCACUAAGUUAAAGUUUGUUGUUCCUGAUCUUUGUGCUCAGCAUACUUUGGACUCUGUUCCUGAAGUCUCUCUUCACACUGGGCUGUGACAGACUGUAGUUAGAACACUAAUUUACACUAAUGAAAAAAUGAUAUGAAUAUUGCAUUUCAUUGUGCCAAAAGAUCCUCCUGAAUCCUUCACACCGGACACUAAUUAUGUAUUCUGCGUCUGUGCCUGCAAUGUUCGAUGAGGCACCAUCAGCUUCCAACAUUAAAUAAUAACACAAAGGUUAACAUUUUUAUAUUGCACUGAUAUUGCUGUUUUAAUAACAUAACAAGAACACUGUAAAAAUGAAUUAUUUUGAUCAUGUAAGGUGAACAGAAAUCAGAGGAGGUUUUCAAUUAUCAGAGUUGAUUUGUUUGCCAUGAAAACGCUGACAUUGUCUCCAGCGGUGAUGCGUGUUUACAUUUUGUAACGAUGGCUUUAUUUUGUGGUGUAUGCAUCUGUUUUCAUGUACACAUGUGUGAUCCUGAAAUGGUCUUUUUGUAACCCCCACCUUUAAAGCGUCAAUAAAGGUGACAGAGAUCUACUUUGA